AUGGAUAAUGAUUUAGUGGUAUUUGCGACGCUACCCAAUUUAGGUGCUGGGCCAGCCUUCUAUCAUAAGUUACUAAUCGGAAAGCGUCCUAAAGAACUCGGCUGCGAGGUGCUUAGCGAUUAUUAUUUUGGGCAAGGCGCUGCACCCAUGUCCGUCACGGGCCAGCCGCUCAGCCCCUGCCUACCCAACGUCGCUGUCUUCUCGUAUACAGAUGUCACCAUAGAAUCUCUUCAACCUAAAGUCAUUGGGCUCGGCACUACAUGCUACGUGACGACCACGGACAAUAGAACUGUCCUAAAGGGGUACCAGGUCUGGUUUGACGACAACCUCGUCUUUGACUACGGCGUUACGUGCGAGGAGCGCCUGGCUCGGGAAGCCACAGUAUAUGAGCACCUCGGCAAACAUUCUCGAAUCCUGACUUGCUUCGGACUCGAAGAGGAGCACCAUGGUGUCCACUCGCUCCGUCCAGAGAUGGCUCCCUUAGGGUGCAUCCGCGCGUAUAUACAGAAGCACGCUGAAAACACACCUCCUAUCCAACACCGCCUACAGAUGGCCCUCGAUGUAGCUACGGGCUUAAGCUAUGUGUAUUUACGAGGUGAAAUGCCUUGCGACCUGUCCUGUACAAAUCUCUUCGUCUUCGACAAACUACGUAUUAAGCUUGGCGAUUUUGUGGGGGCCCUCCUUGAAGGAUUCGACUUUGAAUGGGACCAGACGCACGAGUCUCGUUACCACUUACCUUCACGAGGGCGGGAGUACGACGACGUGCCGCUUAUGAAGAGGGAGCUCUUCGCCUUGGGAUCGGCGAUAUAUGAAAUCACAGUGUGGAAAAGAUCAUUUUCGGAACUGAAUGAUGACGACGACGACGACGAAGUAGAUAACAACUAUGCUAAGGAGAAGUUUCUACCACUUGACGGCAAUGUUGCUAGAGACAUAAUUUGGAAUUGUUGGGCUGAAGCUUAUGCAACUGCGCAGGAAGUCGCCCAUGAUUUGAAGAGCUGCGGGUCGUCUUGA